UUUCCUUACCGCGGCGAGGCAGCGGAAGCCACAAACGGAGCUGUAUCCUUGCUCCGAAAGCAACUGUGUGACGAGUUAUAUCAUUCCCUUCGCAGGAGCUGGUCACGUCAAAACAUUGUUCAACUUUUCAUAAAUAUGGCCGUCGGAAUCCUUGCUGUGGUUGCAGGAACUCGGGUCGAGAUUUUCCGCGGAUAAUCAGUGAAGGUGAAGAACUCGUUGGCUUGUAUCGUGGGUUGACCGUCUGAUAUAACGCGAACAAUUGUGAGGAUGUAGUGAGAGUUUGUGGUUCUGUUGAAACUGGAUUUUAUUACUAUUGUGAAUAGAAGGAUAUCUCUACAUUUUCUGAAACUGCAAUUUUGUACAGGACAACGGCACAUCGAAAUGCGGGCGCAACAGCUGCCACCAUCUGUGGAACGGUCACGGAAAACCAUUAACAUCGACACUCUUCAACGAUAAGAGGAUCCACGGGAAAAGAUACCCGUCGUAAACACACACCCACGUCCCGUAAUAAACCCUGCCGAAAAGUUUCCGAGAAAAGCAUCAAGCACACUCACGCGCGCACCCCUUUUCCGUUAUUGUGCAAGUCAAGCCCCUGCCUGCUGCUGGUGGUGCUGAAGCUCGGUUGCGGUGUCGUCCUGCGUCAAGUGCGGUAAACACACGUUUGCACCCAUUCCCACCUGGUGGAAUUAGAUUAUGUACGGCGGUGGGAGCCCCCCAUCGAAACUAACGGGGGGCUCCAUGUCAUCUCGCAGCAAACGCGCCAAAAAGUCCUCCUGGGGUGCCCGGGAGCGGGCCGGCAUGAGCUUCCUGAUCGUGAUAGCGUUCUUCGCUAUCUUCGGACUGAUUAUCCUAACCGAGGUGCUGAUGAUUGAUGAUCGAGGUCGGGGCGGAGGAGUUAUCGUGCGGCAUGGAAGUAGCGGUGGUCGUUUCGGGGAGUCCGUACCCGACUAUGACGAUGUUAAGGACGAUUAUCUGGACGAUACCGGUAUUUUCGUGCGUGAGACAAAAUACGGCAAUGCAGCUAUAAAAAAUAUAAUUAAAAAUCAAAAAGACUCAAAACUGUCUAUUGGUAUGACCGUACAAUUAGAUCCAGCCGAGCAGCGUAGUCUUCCGGUGAUACCAUGGGGACAGAUGCUCCCGUCGAAAACGGAGCAAAGCCUUCCGCAGUACCCGACCGACAUGCGUCCAACCGAUGGCUCCUGGGAAAUCGUCAACGGGACGCGUUAUAAAUUUUUCGUUUUUUCGGCGUAUUACGACCGGAGGGACGGUAAGCUGGUGCGGAUUAUAGGGGCCACGAAGACUCGCGGCCCGGAGAAGGUGUGGUGCCGGUUUUGGUAUCAAACGGGUUCAAAUUCCACACGUUAUCGAUCGGCGUCGGUGAUGGCGAGGGUGAAGGUCAUUCGAGAGAAUUGGAAUCUGAAGUACAGUGCUUGCUUCAUCCUUUGUCCAAUUCGUGGUCCAUUUCCAGAGAUACCGUACGCAGUUAGUGUAGUUAGUAAAAUUAAAUCUCCACCCGGAAACGUAUUACUGCUGAGGAACAACGAUAAUGAUCCCGAUUUUAACAAUCGCACGUUUAGCAACAUUCCGAACAGUAUCGGAGUAUGUGUGAAGCCAUUGCAUUUCAACUAUGAUCAGGCUCUCUACAUGCUGGAAUUUCUGGAGCUUAACAGUCUUUUGGGAGUGACACACUUCACCUUUUACAAUCACACAAUUGGACCGAAAGCGAGUUGCAUCCUGCAGCACUAUGUCAGUGGCAAUCUCCCUCCGCUGAUAACCCCUUUUGCCCCAGCUGGGGAUCAACCGAAUACCGGUCCCUCUGUCGAGAGUAACGACGUUCACCAUGAGGCGGGUCCUACAAAACUGAGCGACAAUACACCGUACCAGAAGCCGAGGAUCACUGUAAAUAUUUUGCCGUGGAAUUUGAGGAUGCGAUCCCAGAAGGAGAUCCGCACGGAAGGGUUGUUUGCAUCGUUGAACGAUUGCCUUUAUCGAAGCAUGUAUAGAUACUCCCAUGUUGCACUGAUUGAUUUAGAUGAAUUUAUCAUACCACAUCACAACGACACUUUAAUCGAUCUUAUAAAUUGGCUUUCAAAGCGUAUCAACAGCAGAAACACGGGAGCAUACUCCUUCCAGAAUGCAUUUUUCUAUUUGCAAUUUGCGGACGACGAUGCCAUACUGGAUGACGGAUCGCCUGAGGCGAAUCUGCGUGCAGCCCUUACGACGCAGAGAAAAACGAGACGACGCUCGAAACUGCAUCCGCAGAAGCAACGCUCAAAAUACAUUUGCAAGCCGGAAGCCGUUAUCGAAGCUGGAAAUCACUUUGUGUGGGAAUUUUGUCCCGGCCGGGGAUCGCUCAACGUGCCAGCCGAUGCAGCCAUUCUGCAUCAUUAUAGGGUGUGCGAGUUUGGUGGCGACGAUUGCAUCAAGUCACCGUCAGUGGUAGACCGAACGGCUCAUCGGUACUCCAAGCGGCUACUGGACAGAGUUGGUACAGUUUAUAACUAUCUUAAGGAUACCUGCAACCUUCCAGACAUUCCACGUGCUCCAACGAAGCCCCCACCGACGCGGAAGAAACAGCUCAAAAUACGAAUUCCGGAUCGACCACCAUCGCUGGGAGGAUCCUCCAAAACUGGCAACACUGAUGUAGAUAGUAUCAAAAUGGAGCCCAGUGUCAACACUAACAGCAGCAGGAGCACAUUCGCAAGCUCGUUAAUCAGAGUGAUCUCAAAUCGACAGGUGUAAUCUGUUUUUUUUGUUCAUUUUGCUGGGCGGGAAUGGGUGUUUUUAUAAAAUUAUAUUAAAAGAGAAAGUUCUAAGAAUCAGAAAAAAAAAACUCGCAAAUUCGUAACUGUUUUCAAUGACACUUUAUUAUAAAUCUUACUUAAAAUUCUUAUCAGUAGCUUAUAGUUUGGGUAAGCAGAACGAAUACUUAAUAAGCAAGUGACAGCACAAUCUUUUAUUUGUUACAACUAGCAGUUGAAUCGAAUAUCUACAAAACUACUCCAAGCUUCUAGCCAGACAGCAGGACACAUCAGUUCAAGUUAUCUUUGAAUUGAUGAAUACUGCGACUAAUGCUCACUAGUAUGCAAUUUUGUAGGAAAGCCAAACAUCGCGGGUUGGCUUACAGGAACUGCAACUUAGUUCACUUGUUAUACUCAACAAAACAAACACGCUUUAAAUUACUUUUGAAAGUAAAGGAAUGGGUCCGUUAUAGCUGGUGGAUACAAGCAAAUGCAUGCGAAUUGUCACGCCAAGCCGAACCAGAUCAAAUAGUAAUCAAAACUUGCAUCUUAACACAAGGAAAGUCAUAGAAACCGCAUAUCAAAGUAGGUACUUCAUUCCUAGGUCAGAUCUUUAGUUACUUGGAAAACUGAAAACCAUGAUAAUACAAGUGGCAAACAAGAAGUGAAUAAGUGGUGGAAGAAGCAGGGUUCGUUACUUAGCUCAAACAAGAUAUUCUAACUGUGAAGUGGACUAUCGAAAUAUGUAUUACGCAGAUAACGCAACACACCGAUAACUAAAAUUUAUUAUAACAAACUACCCACACAUUGAAGUAUAAAUUGAUGCAAAACGAACUUCGGACAUGGCUGGCGAGAAAGUGAGUAAAAAUAUGACGAAAGAUUUGGA